CAAUGAACCAGUCUUCCCACCUUAGUGUCGUUAAUCGGAGUAUUUUGAGAGAGAAUGAGCCUUUUAAGAAUGAAACUCCUGAAGUUUUUAAGUUAUUGCAUUCUAAACAAAUGAGUGAGGCAUCGACGAUGAAUGAAUCUUUCUCGACUGCUGCAGAUAUGAGUAGGGUCUCUUCCCAGAAGUUUUCUACCUUAAACAUAAAGAGAGAUCACUUUGUGCCGAAAGUAAAGAAGAAGGAAUUCUUAAACCCCUAUUUCUUUAUGAAACCUCCCAAGAAUUAUGGUAAUCCUACCUCCUCUAGUAACUUCACGAGAGGCUUCAGAGUGGAUAAUAUUGAAAUUGGUAACCAAAGGAUGCACUACGAGAAACACUUGGAAAGAACUACGAAGGAGCAAAAAUUCAGAGAUUCCAAGACAGCGAAGUCCCGGAAGUAUGCGCAGUAUUUAAACUGCACUAAUCCUAUUUCGACACCGAAAAUCCAUUUCCAAAAACCUAUGAAAAAGUACUACCAUGAUGGAUCAGCAAACCCUAGUGCUGUACUGAGAUGGAUGAACACCAGAAAACUAGGAGAUACUUUUAUUGAAGCCAGGAAGGACAGGAACAAAUCCGAAGUCAGAGAGUUCCAGAAGUUUAGAAACGAGAGAGACAUCCUUGAUGUCACUGAUGGAAAUAGGAGGUACAAGAAGUACAGUAAGAAAGGACAUAUAAAAGGAAUCAUUCAGAAUGAAUAUGGCAGAAAGACUAGCUUAGCGGUGAACAGAAGUUGCGAGGAUCUGACUGGAGUCACCAAGAUGUACUUAUCCGAUACUAAUUUCUACAAGAUGAACUCAUCUAGACAGAGAGAAGGAUCAAUUACUUUUGGAUAAUAAGAAUGUUUCAAGUGAUAAUAAUCUU